GUGGCAAAUGGUAUUUGUUUAUAAUUUAUCGAAUAUUAUUAUAAAUAUUACACUGUGAAUUUCUCAAGCGUCUUUAAGAGUUGUUUUACUAGGAAGAUUACAAAAAGCUACCAAGAUUAGUGCCAAAAUGCAGGGCGUGAGCGCUCCUCGCGAGCAGCCUCCGCCAGUCAUCAGUACCAGCUCCACAAUCCUCAAUAUGAGGGAAAAGGAGAAAUACAUAGAAGAUUUCGACUUUCCCUUUUGUGACGAGUCUUCCAAAUAUGAAAAAGUUGCUAAAAUCGGCCAGGGAACGUUCGGAGAGGUGUUUAAAGCGCGUGCUAGAAACUCGUCGAAGAAAUUUGUUGCUAUGAAAAAAGUUCUGAUGGAUAAUGAGAAGGAAGGUUUCCCGAUCACGGCUUUGCGAGAAAUAAAGAUCCUACAGCUCCUAAAACACGAGAACGUCGUUAAUUUGAUAGAAAUAUGCAGAACAAAGGCCACAUUGCAUAAUAAAUAUAGGUCGACAUUUUACCUCGUUUUUGAUUUCUGCGAACACGACUUAGCCGGCUUGUUAUCAAAUAUGAAUGUAAAAUUUAGUUUAGGAGAGAUUAAAAAGGUCAUGCAGCAGUUGUUAAAUGGUUUAUAUUACAUACAUAGCAAUAAGAUUUUACAUAGAGACAUGAAGGCUGCGAAUGUGUUAAUAACUAAGAAUGGGACACUUAAACUGGCCGAUUUCGGUCUAGCGAGAGCAUUUAGUGUGGCCAAGUCUGGACAAGUCAAUAAGUACACAAACAGAGUGGUCACAUUGUGGUACAGGCCUCCAGAACUGCUUUUAGGGGACCGUAAUUAUGGGCCUCCAGUGGACAUGUGGGGUGCCGGCUGCAUCAUGGCCGAAAUGUGGACAAGGUCACCCAUCAUGCAGGGCGCGACUGAGCAGCAGCAACUAAUCCUGAUCUCUCAACUGUGCGGCUCGUGUACUCCAGACGUCUGGCCCGGCGUUGAGGCCCUGGAUCUUUAUAACAAGAUGGAACUGCCCAAAGGCCAGAAGAGGAAAGUUAAGGAAAGGCUAAAGCCGUACGUGAAGGACCCUUACGGCUGCGACCUGUUGGAUAAGCUGCUGCAGCUAGACCCGGCAAAGAGGUACGACGCCGAUACCGCUCUAAACCACGACUUCUUCUGGACGGACCCAAUGCCGUGUGAGUUGGCGAACAUGCUCGCCCAACAUACGCAGAGCAUGUUCGAGUAUUUAGCGCCGCCGCGGCGGCCUGGGCACCUGCGGCACCAUCAUCACGUGGCCGGCGCCGCGCCCAAGCCGCCACCCGCCCAAGAUUCCGGUUACCAGGAUCGUGUCUUUUGAGCAUGGAUUGAGAAUUUUUUUUAAUGAUAAAAAAAAAAAUAACUGCCUACUGUUUUGUAAAUAAGGGUGCCUUUCCGAAAUGAGCAACGUCACAGUAUAAAACCAGUAAUAACUCUUCUAACAAAUUUUGCGCCGCGUGGUUUGACCUUGAGUAGCGCUCGCACGCAGCGAAGUGCAGCGAGUACAUGUACACUAGUCAGUACGGGACGCGCUGCCGUGUAGCGCGCGGCGCGUAUCUCACGCUGCUCCUCAAAGUUAAAACGCAGUAAGUCUAUAUGCAUUCCAUACAUACUUACUACAAUUUUCUUUUCAUUGACAGACGAAGAUACAAGUUUUUAAAAAGUAGUGACGAAAUACCGAUCGCGUCGCCGCUGCCGGAGAUUAACUACUGAAUCGUCCUUAUACUGUGGCUAGGUGCCGUGGAUGUGUUAGAUCCACCAAUCAUGUUCAUUGUACUACAAAUCAUAGCGCUGGUUGUAACGCGUUCGACUAAUCUGAUUGUAAACAAACUCAUCCACUAGCACAUCUCUAGUGGAAAGGCACCCUAACUCCGACACUUAUGAGUUAGUUGUAUUUU